AUGAGCCACCAUAACUUCACCAGGAAUGCUGAUGCAGACCAGAAGCCUGAAGUUUCUCCUCCUUGCAGUUCAGGGUCUUUCACCCCCGACAUCCAGCACAGGAUAGCGACAGAUGGAAGAGUUCAACCGAUUUUGAGAAACAGGUGCAGUGAAUCUGUGAGCCGACCACAUUCCUGGCAUUCAGCCACAUCUGGAAAGGACCAGACUGAUGCCAGCAUGAUGCAAAUAUCUCAGGGCACGAUUGGUACUCCUUGGCACCAAAAUUAUCAUUCCAGCUCUUCUACAAGCGAUGUCUCUAACUAUAGCCACACUUAUCCAAGAAGGAGCCCUGAUCAGUACAGCUCCCAGGGAAGCAUGGAGAGUUUGGACCACAGUGGGAGCUACCCCCCAUGCCACCUCCUCUCCCCUGCCAAGUCCACCAGUAGCAUCGACCAGCUUACCCACCUCCAUAACAAGAGAGACUCUGCUUAUAGUUCCUUCUCCACCAGCUCCAGCAUCCUCGAGUAUCCCCCCACCAGCCUCUCUGCCCAGGACUGUUCUGACACGGUGGCCACAACACCUGCCCAAGGCAGCCUAUUGGAAGGGAUGAGACAGGCUGACAUCCGCUAUGUCAAGACGGUCUAUGAUAACAGGCGAGGCAUCUCAGCAGAGUAUGAGGUGAACUCUUCGGCAUUGCUUGUCCCUAGUGGAGAAUCCCAGGAAUCAGUGCAUGGGCAGGACUAUGACAGGUGGCCUGGUCAUCCCAGAGGUGGUAGGAUGCCACUGCUGUCUUGGAACCAACAAUACUACAGUUCCCAUGAGACAAACUCCAACAACCUACCCCACAAAGUGGGUGCCCCCAUGCCCCCAACUCGGAGCGGUAGCUUUGCAGUUCUCAGGCAUUAUGAGAGGCCCAGCUCCUGGUCUAGCUUUGAGCACAACAGGUAUGGCCGGCCCCAAUCAAGCUUCCCUGGAUCCCUAAAGACUUCAUUUCCAGAAGAACAUUUACAUACUCUCCUGGAGAAGAGUCCAGAGAAUAGUCCCCCAGUGAAGCCCAAACAAAACUAUAUCAAAGCAACUCAAGCAGGCCAGCCACUGCUACCUACCAGCAUCUACCCUGUACCUUCACCUGAACCACACUUUGCCCAGAUGCCCCAGCCUUCUGUGAACAGCAAUGGGACGCUAUACCCAGCACUUGCCAAGGAACAUGGUUAUACUUCCUCAAUGAGCACUUGUGAGAACAUGGCGACUCUUGAGAAUGGCAAUCAGAAUGGCCCCAGGAAUUCUGCCACCAUCUUCUACCAGGCCCCAGAGUAUAUCUCGCCCUCCCUGGUGGAGAAGCCAGAAACCACAGGCAAGUUUUCCCCAUAUAAACCGCAUUUCAUAUCAGAACCUGAGAACCUCAGGGGCAACUCCCUGAGGAAAGAUGAGCCAAGGAUUUUGGAAGGCAACCGUAUGCUCCCCAAUGGGAGAGAAAGCACACGUGACAACAUGCAGAACUCCAGUCAUCACAUCCCACAGGCCCUGCAGAUCCAGGCUCAGGAAGUCAAUGAAGGCAAGCCACUUUCCAGACCCUCUGAGCCCAGGAGGGCUGAAUUCCAGGAGUCUCAAAAUGCCCGCCCACAACCAAGACCAGAAAGAGAAGACCUCGCUGAAGACUCAUGGCGCACUACUAGUCAAACAAGUUCAAAUCUUUUAUCUCUCCAGACUCUUUCUGAAAGCACCAGAAGGCGAGACAGUCUGGAGAUACAAAUGGGACCUCUGGAGGGAAACCCUGACAGUCGACCAGCCUGUCUGAUCAACAGGAGUAAAAUAGAGCAAGAGCCCAAAAAGGCAGCUCUUGAAGGAUGGGACCAUUCAGACGGGCAAGCUUCCCAUGAAAGAUCUGAGGGAGGAACCACAGGGCCACCUUUCCAUAAUUCCGAACCAAGGAAUGAGACCCACGGGCAGGCUUCCAACCAGAGGCGGCGUAGUUCAGGCAAUGCCCUCCCGACCUCCCAUUAUGGGAAACCCCACUGCUCUGUGUUGGAGAAGGUCAGUAAAUUUGAGCAACGUGAACAAGGGACCCGGAGACCCUCGAGCGUGAGCAGCUACAUGUACAGGGCCAAUAAGCUGGAACAGACACCCAGUAGUAGAAGCUCCAUGAUCAGCCUUGAAGAUACCCAGAGUGAAAUAAGUUUCCUGGAACCAGGUCCAUCCACUGGUUCUCUAAGCCUCAGGGAGAACCUGGUCAAAGAGAGUAAGAAAAAACCUGAAGGGGUUUCCUGGCAUCUAGCUGAGCAUCAACUGAGGAGGGUUGGAAAUGGUGGCUAUGGACCCGCAUACCCAGAGGCCAAGCCACUGAGAAGUGCUUCUGUCCUCCAGCGCAGCCAGAGCACCUUCCAGCUUUCCAACAAGGCAGAGGAGGAAACCCUGUGGAGAGAAGAUAGACCUCAUAGUCCUGAAUCACCACUUCUGGAGGUCCCCUUAAACCAGGCCUAUCGGAACAGUAUCAAGGAUGCUCAGUCACGCGUCCUGGGAGCCACAUCAUUCCGACGCCGGGAUCUUGAUCUGAGUACCCCUGUAGCAUCCCAGUCAAGGCGGGGGGCAAGGCAGAGGCCAGCCUCUGCCCACUUGGGGCUGAGGAGCCCAGAAAUAACAGCAAUGCCUGCUUCACCUCAUAUCCCCAAGGAGCGCCAUAGCAUCACUCCAGCUGAGGGGAGCCCACCCAGGGAAGACUCCACAGCCCUGGUGGCCCGGGUUGGAGGACGGAAGCGACUGACUGCUGAACAAAAGAAGCGUUCCUAUUCAGAGCCUGAGAAGAUGAAUGAAGUGGGGGUAUCUGGGGCAGGAGAGCCACUGGCCUGCUAUCCACAGAGGAAGGACUUGCCCUUUGGCUUCCCAGAGAACACUGUGGCAGACAGGCGCCGUAUCUUCGAGAGGGAGGGGAAAGCUUGCUCCACCCUUAACCUCUCCAGGCCUGAAUUGAAGCAGUUACAGCAGACUGCCCUGGCUGACUACAUUCAACGCAAAACCGGAAAGAGGCCAUCCCCUUUGGCCAGUCAUGGAAGGGAGAGCCACAGCCUCGCCACAGCCCCAAGUAUGAAUUCCUUACAGGAGCAAAGCCCAUUCCCCAGAAGAGGGUCUGCCACCCUGCCCACAGAGUUUAUGAGAAAUGUGGACAGAAGCAGCCUAGAGACACGAGGCGUGCCACGAGAUCGAAGUAGCUCCUUCGCCAGCAGCCUCCUCCAUGCUGAAAGGCACUGGCAUCCCAAGAGGGAGCCAGCGAGGACAGAUUGGCUUGGAGAGGCCAGCAGCCAGCCCAGUCAUCCACAGAAAGUGACCUGGGCCCAUGAGAAGAGAUUGGCCUUGGCAACCACAACCAGGGGGGCAGGAAAGUCCAAGUCAGCCGAAGAUCUGCUAGACAGGUCAGAUGUUCUGACUGUCCCUUUCCAUUCAAGGUCCAGGUCAUCCCCCAUCUCAGAUGAGAAAUGUCAGGAUAUGCUUCUUAGGGGAAACACUGACUACAGCCUUCUGGGAAAGGCUCCUUCCUGCGCGGCUGGACCCAGGCAGUUCAAUUAUUCAGAAAGAAGCUAUGAAGAGGUGGCAUCCCUUACACAUCACCCAGGGUCUCACAAAGUACCAAAUGGAUCACCUGUUCUCAUGGAAUCUUCCAGGACCCUAGAAUCUCAGAGGCCUACUAGCAGAUCUCCAGCCUUUGGGCCACCACCAGCAGGAAGGCAAGGUCCUUUCAUAGACACAAAAUCUUCACAGCUUAACUCCUUUAAAUCACCUCAGACCUCUGGGGCCAACUCUACCUACUCUCCCCAGCCUUACCCACAUGCUGAAAGAGAUGUCUUGGUUGGGAGGCAGCCUUCCCCAAUGGACACACCUGUAGCUGUCCUCCGAAGUAAUGGUCACAUCCUGACACAGCCCCAGAGUCCAAGAGAUGUUGAGGACAACUGCCGUGAGAGUUUAGCUGAAAAUGGAAUGAAGAAAAACAAGGGCCCUCUACCUCAGAGGCCUCCUCCCCCUCGAGUGAAAUGGGCCCACUCACUCAGAGAUGACAACUCAUUGGAACAGUCUUCAUCUUAUGGGGCACUGAGUCAGAAGCACUAUCAGCAACGUCAGAGUCUGCCCAGCCUAAGCACCACAUCCAACCCCAACAAUCCCCUAGGACUCUUCAACAGUCCUGGAAAGGCCUCCCUCAGAAUAUCUGAGUCAGCCUUUCAGGCUGUUCCAUCCCCUCAGGAAGAAGGUGAUGAUGAGGUGUUUGUGCAGGAUUCAAGACCCAUUUCCACUUCCAGUCCCACUUCCAAAAUUCUGUCCAUGUUACCUCCACCACCACCACCUCCUUCACCUCCUCCAAUGGACCUGAAGGUACCGGGGGGCAACCUGGAAGAGUUUCCUCCUCCUCCUCCCCCAAUUACAUAUGAAGUAUUGGGGACCCCGAGCAAUGAGCCUUAUGAAGAGACCUAUACCAGCAAUUCCAUCAGAUUGUCCAAGCUGACGAUUGCAGAUUCUCAAAGGAGCAGCCCAACCCCAGCUUCCAGACCCAGCCUUUUCAUCAAGGUUCCAGGAGCUAAGCAGACAAGCUUAUUAUCCACUCCUGAUGCUCAACACCAGACAACUGGAACUCUUGGGGAGCAGUCUAGCCCAGAGCAGAUGCUUCCCACCCAGGCCCAAAGUCUCAUCCAGAAGCCGGGCAACCUAACUGAGGAAUUGGAAAAGGGCAGCUCUGGCCCUGAGAAGACUCCAGAGGACAUCAGGAGAGAGACUCUGGCUAAGCAGAUUGUUCACCAAGACAAAUCCCUAGCAAGUAUUCUGGAUCCAGACUCCAGAAUGAAGACUACCAUGGACCUGAUGGAAGGUUUGUUUCCACAGGGCCCGAGCUUCCUGAAGGAAAGCAAUGCACAGAGGAAGGCAAUACAGAGAAAUGCCAGCUUCCCAGUAUCUGAAGGGAGUAGGAGCAUAGAGAAAGAAAGAGUGGGAAUGUUGAUCAACUGUCCUGCCUACUAUAACGUGUCUGCACCCAAGGCAGAGCUUCUGAACAAGCUCAAAUCCAUGCCUGCAGAGGGAAAUGAGGAUGAUGACCAACUAGAUGUCAAUGAAAAGAAGGCAAAACUCAUCGGAAGCCUUCGGCUUAAACUGGAGUCCCUGAAAGAAGCGAAGGAAAGUUUGCUGAUGGACAUCAAGCUCAACAAUGCCCUUGGGGAAGAGGUCGAAGUUUUGAUCAGCAAACUCUGCAAACCCAAUGAAUUUGACAAAUACAAGAUGUUCGUAGGAGACCUGGACAAGGUUGUGAACCUCUUGCUUUCCCUCUCAGGACGGUUGGCCCGAGUAGAAAAUGUCCUCAGUGGCCUGGGUGAAGAUGCUGAUAGUGAAGAGCGGAGCUCUCUAAAUGAGAAGAAAAAGGUGUUGGCUGGCCAGCACGAAGAUGCUCGUGAGCUCAAAGAGAACCUGGACCGUAGAGAGCGUGUGGUCUUAGACAUCUUGGCCAAUUACCUCACCGAUGAGCAACUCCAAGACUACCAACAUUUUGUGAAGAUGAAGUCGACGCUCCUCAUCGAGCAGCGGAAAUUGGACGACAAGAUCAAACUUGGCCAAGAGCAGCUUAGCUGUUUGUUGGAAAGUCUUCCCAGGGACUUCCUCUCCACAGCCAGGGACCCAGCGGUCCUUCCACCUCCCGAAGCCAAGGCGACCCCAACCGAGGGCUGUACAUUCAGAAGCGUGCUUCCAGCACUGACCUCUUCACUUUAGCCUCUCCUAGAAGACCCAAUGAAAAACUCUCUUUAUUCUCAAAAUUAUUUAAACUGAUCAGUUUUCAAAUUAUAGUCUGCUAAAAAAAAUUGUGGGGUUUUGGCAUUUUUUGAUGGAGGGAGGGGAAGGUAACAACAGAAAAAAUACACAACUCUAGGUUUGUUUGGUUGUUUUUUUCUCUUCUCAAAGCUGCCCAAAAUAUAACCCUUUCUGUUUUUCCAUGAUAGGAAGAAAAGUAAUGAAACUCGGGUUGGUGAAAGGGUGGUUGAUUCUUUAGUUUUUAACCAGACUGGGUCAACAUUAAAUAAGUUUCACUGUCAGGAAUGUGUCCUGGUCUGCCUUCUCCUGGGCAAAGUGCCCUAUCUAUUAGAGUAGAGUUAUGCAAUAAAGAAGGAUCUGUAACAUAAAGUCUUCUAAAAAAUAUGAAGAGAAAGGGGGAAAAGCCCUAAACAUUGUCGCUAUUUAUAUUUUUUAAAUGAAUGAGGAUGUGUAAAUGUUUGUUUAUAUGCUAAUCAGUUACUUGACUCUAUGAUGGACACAGCAAAUUCUGUUGAAGUGAUGCCUUUGAGAAAAAUCUUUAAUGAGACAAAAAAGCCCAAAGAUCAUUGUACCAGCAUGGGAAUUUGUGCUUCCUCCCCCAACCUCUCUCUCUCUCUAUCUUUCCCACUCUCUCCUCUCUCCCUUUCUGUCUCUGUCUCUUCUUUUUCUGUCUCUCUCUCUGUCUUCCCCCCAAUCCCCAUCUUUGUCUAUCUGUCUCUCUAUCUCUCUGUCUCUGUCUCUCACCCCCUCUCUAUCUCUCCCUGUCUUUGUCUCUCUUCUAUCUCUUCUGUCUCUGCCUCUCCCAGUCUCUCUCUCCAUUGUACUCUGUCUCCCUACCCAACCUGUCACUCUCUCUGUCUCUCCGUUUUUCUCUCUCCUUGCCCCUCCCUUCCCUGCUCCCAUUUUUGUCUCUCUUCUC